AUGACGUGGGAACCAAACGAAAUCUAUACAACAGAAUCUCAUAUUGAGCAAGAAGGCGGCGAAAAUAGCGAUUAUGUUAUCAUGAAAAAGCUUGAUCACUUCUUCAGAACAUUUCGUACAGAAGAUGGAACAUCAUCAAUGAGAGAUCAGAUCCAGGGAUGUCUUCACGCGCCAAAUCCUUCAGUUACAGUUAGUUUAGAUGCUAUUAUGGGCUAUGAUAAUCAAUUGGGCCAUUUAAUUUUCAAUGAACCAGAAAGAUGUUUAGAACUUUUCGAACAAGCUGUUACUAACUACGCAAAAGAAAUUACAGAAGAUGUUCCACCAAUUCAAAUUCUCCUUACAACAAAUUCUGAGCCAACACCUUUAAGAGAAAUAGAUUCGAACUUAAUUAAGAAACUUAUUGUUGUUCCAGGUCUUGUUAUAUCAACAACACCUGUUUCAUCACGUGCUACAGAAAUUAAGGCUGUCUGCUCGGGUUGCGGACAUAUUUUAACAAUUUCAUGCAAGAACUCCGGCUUCCAACUUCCAAGGAAGUGCCAGAGACCAAGGCCAAAAGAAGGAGGUCCAGCUGUUGCCGGUGGUAGCUGUCCACUUGAUCCAUACACAAUUUUACCAGAUAAUUCUACUUUCACAGAUUAUCAGUUUAUCAAAAUACAGGAAGCACCAGAAGAUGUUCCACCAGGUGAAAUGCCAAGACACAUUUCUGCCAGUGUUGAUCGUGCUCUUUCAAAUAAUCUUAUUCCAGGUACAAGAAAGCUCUUUGUUGCCAUUCUUCAGAUGAUGAAAAUCAACGAUAAAGUACAGAAGCAAGUCCUUCGCAUUGUUGGUAUUGUUGAUCCAAUAGUAGAAGAACUUAAUACAAAAUCAGUUUCAGAAUUAUCCGCACAAUUCCCCAACAGAGAAGCCAUCAUCAAGGCCUUCGCACCAGAAAUUUACGGUAUGCAAGAUGUUAAGGAAGCUAUCUGCUGCCAAUUGUUCUCUGGUGUCAGAAAGAAUUUACCAGAUGGAAUGAAGAUUCGUGGUGACAUUAACGUUCUUCUUCUUGGUGAUCCAUCAGUUGCCAAGUCACAGUUGCUUAAGUUCGCACACAGUGUUACUCCUAUUGGUGUCUAUACAUCAGGUAAAGGUUCCUCGGCUGCUGGUCUCACAGCAACAGUUGUUCGCGCAAAAGGAAGUGGUGAAUUCUUCCUUGAAGGCGGUGCAAUGGUUCUUGCAGAUGGUGGUCUUGUUUGCAUCGAUGAAUUCGAUAAGAUGAGAGAAGAUGAUAGAGUUGCAAUCCACGAAGCAAUGGAACAACAGACAAUUUCUAUUGCAAAGGCCGGUAUCACAGCAGUUUUGAACACAAGAACAGCUGUUCUCGCUGCUGCUAACCCAGUAAGUGGUCGCUUCGAUGAUCUCAAGACUGCGAGAGAUAAUGUUGACUUCCAAACAACAAUUUUGUCACGUUUCGACUUGAUUUUCGUUUUGAGAGAUGUUAAAGAUGAAGCACGUGAUAGAAACAUUGCCGAGCACGUUUUGAAGAUCCACACAGGUGCAGGCGCUGAACAGACAAAUAAUACUCAGACUGGUGAUCUCAAGAAGUUCAUCCAACAUGUUAGAGCUCAUUGCAAUCCAUCACUUGGCGAUGCAGCGAACAAUUUACUUAAAUCUGAGUAUGUACAGAUGCGUUCUCAGAUAGAUAACACACAGAGUAUUCCAAUUACAGUUAGACAACUCGAAGCUCUCAUCAGAGUUACAGAGAGUUUAGCUAAAAUGGAACAGAAAGAUGAAUGUAAAGAAGAACAUGUUAGAGAAGCAAUUAGACUCUUUAAAGUCUCUACAUUCAAUGCUGCUUCUACUGGAAUUCUCGCUCCAGAAGGACCAAUGACAGAUGAACAGCGCCAGGAAGUCAAUAAAGUUCAGGAUUACAUUAAUAGAAGAUGCCCUCUUUCAAGUAGAAUUAAUGAAAGUGCUUUGAUCGCGGAAUUAAAGAGAAAGUUCACUGAUUUUGCAAUUGUUAGAGUUAUACAGACAAUGCUCUAUAGAGGUGAGUUCGAAUAUUGCAAUAAUAGAAGAUCCCUCAAAAGAGCUCGUGCCGAUGAAAAAGAUACUGACUAA